ACUCAGGCCACCCACGGGGCCCGGGAGCACUGCUGGGUCUGCGCUCUGGAAGGGUGAGCUCGCCGUGGGCCGUGCAGCGGGGGAGUCCGGUGGAGUGGCGCGGGGCGAACGGCUUCAUGGAGGCGCCGGGAAGCGUCCCGAGGCGAGCUGGGCGAGCCAGCUGAACUCUUCCCGAGAGUCCCGCGCGGGUCGGCCACCCGCUGCGAGUGGGUGGCGGGCUUUGGGCGCCAGGGAAGGACGCAGGAGGGACCGGAUCUACCCAAUCGGCCGCAGCUCGGAUCUCCGCCCGCGGUCGGUGCGCGCAGUGUGGCGGGAGGCGCCGUGCCCGGGAAAGGGCGGGUUAAGCGCGGCGCUGCCGAGUCCUCGCGCGCGACACCCGUGCGACUGCCCAGCUGGGAGCCGGCUGGGCUCGCCGAGGAGAACAGUUGUCUGGAGCCAAAGUUGCUUCCUCCUAGGCAACCUGAGCAGCUCUCCCUCUCCCGGGGCCGGCCCCAAGGCCCCGCCAUGGACAGCGAAGGCGAGGUGGAUUUUUCCAGCCACGGCGUCGCCCCUUUGUGGCGCAGACGGUCCACCCCUCCUCUCCAGCUCCUCGGCCGCAGCAAGCCGCGGCCGCAGUCCUACCAGAGCCCCAGCGGGCUGCUGAUCACCGACUUCCCGGUGGAGGAACUGGCCGCGCUGCCCGCGCCGCAGACUCCCGCCCCCCGCGCGCCCGCCGCCCCGGACGGCAGGACGGUGGUGCCCAGAAGCCCCCAGCUCCUGUGCGCGCACCGCAGGCCGGUGGCCAAUGGUCGCACGGUGUCCCCGGACUAUAGAGCUGCUUCUCCUCGACUGCGACGACCCAAGUCACCCCUGGUUCUUCACGCGGCGGCGGCGUCGGGCGGCUCCCCGAAGUCCCCCGCUAAUGGCACGGUGGCCUCGUCCGCGGCGCCCAUGUGCGCCUCGCGGACCCCCUACGCUGCUCCUGACCCCGAGGGGGAUCGCACCGGGGUAACUGCGGGUAAGGUGUCUUCUCCCAUGGCCAAUGGCCUCCUUGGCCCUAAAAACGACUCGCCUGGCUCAGCCUCACCAACUGGUCCGACGGCUAGGGACUUGGAGCCCGGCCCCUGGAGACUCACCCCUGCUCCUCAUGCCGGGUCUUCAGAACCAAAGCUGCCGCUCCAGAGGCUGCCCUCCCAAGGGAGUGAGCUCCCGAGCCCUCCCGUGGUUCUGAGCACCAACAGCCCCGCCGCCCUCAAGAUGGGAAAGCAACAGAUUAUCCCGAAAAGCCUGGCCUCGGAAAUUAAGCUGAGCAAACCCAACAGCCAAAACGCGGAGCCGCACCGGAGGCUCCUCAAGGUGCGCAGCCUGGUGGAGGGGCUGGGGGCACCCCUGGGCCACGAAGGGGAGGAAGGUGAAGUCGACAACGACAUGGACAGCCCGGGCUCCCUGCGGCGAGGCUUGCGGUCCACUUCUUACCGAAGGGCAGUGGUCAGCGGCUUUGAUUUUGACAGCCCCACCAGCUCCAAGAAGAAGAACAGAAUGUCCCAGCCUCUUCUGAAGGCGGUGGUGGAGGACAAGGAGAGGUUCUCCAGCCUGGGGAGGAUAAAGAAAAAAAUGCUGAAAGGACAAGGAACAUUCGAUGGGGAAGAAAAUGCAGUGCUGUAUCAAAACUACAAAGAAAAGGCCCUGGAUAUCGACUCCGAUGAGGAGUCAGAGCCCAAAGAGCAGAAGCCAGAGGAAAAGAUCGUGGUCCACCACAAGCCGCUGAGGUCCACAUGGAGUCAGCUCUCUGCGGUGAGAAGAAACGGGCUGUCUCAAGCGGUGAGCCAGGAGGAAAGAAAGAGGCAAGAGGCCAUCUUUGAAGUCAUAUCCUCAGAGCAUUCCUACUUACUCAGCUUGGAGAUCUUGAAACGGAUGUUUAAAGACUCGAAGGAACUGAGCGACACCAUGACGAAAACGGAGCGGCACCACCUCUUCUCCAAUAUCACGGACGUCUACGAGGCCAGCAAAAAAUUCUUUACAGAGUUAGAGGCGAGACAUCAGAGUAACAUCCUCAUCGACGACAUCAGUGACAUUGUAGAAAAGCACACGGCGUCCACGUUUGAUCCCUAUGUGAAGUACUGCACCAACGAGGUCUACCAGCAGAGAACGCUGCAGAAGUUGCUAGCCACCAACCCCUCCUUCAAGGAAGUAUUGUCACGGAUCGAGUCGCAUGAAGACUGCAGGAAUUUACCCAUGAUCUCUUUCCUCAUCCUCCCCAUGCAGAGAGUGACGCGCCUCCCCCUGCUGAUGGAUACGAUAUGUCAAAAAACACCCAAGGACUCUCCGAAGUACGAAGUCUGCAAAAGGGCCCUGAAGGAAGUGAGCAAGUUGGUUCGCCUGUGCAAUGAAGGAGCGCGGAAGAUGGAGAGGACGGAGAUGAUGUACACGAUUAACUCCCAGCUGGAAUUUAAAAUUAAGCCCUUCCCCCUCGUUUCCUCUUCCCGGUGGUUAGUGAAAAGAGGGGAGCUGGCGGCCUACGUGGAAGACACAGUGCUGUUCUCAAAGAGGAUGUCCAAGCAGCAAGUCUACUUCUUCCUCUUCAACGACGUGCUCAUUAUCACCAAGAAGAAGAGUGAGGAGAGUUACAACGUCAACGACUACUCCUUAAGGGACCAGCUGUUGGUGGAGUCUUGCGACAGUGAAGAGCUUAGUUCCUCUCCGGGGAAGAGCCCUCCCGCAGUGCUGUACUCAAGACAGAGCUCUGCCGCUCACCUGUUCACCCUGACCGUCCUCAGCAACCACGCCGGUGAGAAGGUCCACAUGCUGCUCGGGGCUGAGAGCCAGAGUGAGCGAGCCCGCUGGAUCACAGCUCUGGGGCACAGCAGCAGCGGGAAGCAGCCGCCAGACCGAACCACUCUGACCCAGGUGGAGAUCGUUAGAUCUUUUACUGCCAAGCAGCCAGAUGAACUCUCCCUACAGGUGGCAGAUGUGGCCCUCAUCUAUCAGCGUGUGGGCGACGGCUGGUAUGAAGGGGAGAGACUUCGAGACGGGGAGAGGGGAUGGUUUCCCAUGGAGUGUGCAAAAGAGAUAACCUGCCAGGCUACUAUCGAUAAGAACGUGGAGAGGAUGGGACGUUUGCUAGGACUGGAAACCAACGUGUAACCUCUUGGAUGGCCAACGGAAUGAAUGCGGGCCGGUCUUCCCAUUAUGACGGUCUGCUUAACUGAGGGAACUUUUGGAAACCCGUGCCUGUAAGCUUGCCAACUUGUUCUGUGCUCUCGGAAGAACAGGUGCAGUUAGUCCACAGAGCUCAGUUUUUGCAUAAGGAUGCUCCUGAAACCUCUUCAGGCCCACUCAACAAGUCCUGGUUCCCUUACUUCCAUCCAUGGUGUUACGUAAGACGCUGUAUUUUGGCUUCUCUGUCUUCGUUUUACCUACAACAUUACUCUCCUCCCACCCCCACCCCCCUUAAGUACCGCAGCAUCGGCAAGUUUGCCUGUAAGGAGUGUCCAUUUUGUGAAUACUUUUUGUGUCUUAGCCUAACGCUGUUAAUUCCCAGAGGAGCUAAUAAGAGUUUAGUGGGUAAGCUGCCGUGUUUUGUAAACCUCUUUCUGCGAAAGGGGGAUUGAUUGACACUUGAACUUUGCCGUCAUUUUCCUCGUUGGAAGGAAAGUGAGGAGCCACCCGGUGAGGAGUUUUCGAAAUCUGUCUCAUUCAGUAUCGGUCCUAGGUAGCGUUAGCUUAAUACACCCGAGCUACUAAGACGACAUGGGCCUUACAGUUCACACGCGGGAGGGCAUCCGGAAGACCGGACAUUACGGGCCAGCUGCUAGAGAGCUGACGUUAAGACUGCUGCUUUGCCUUCGGUAGCGGGCGGCUCCUGAUGGCUCUACUCGUUUUCAGGCAGAAAGUGGCUGCAGCACACGUUAGCAAUCUUAAGGAAGAAAAGGGAGGUUAGAGAGCAUCAAGAGGCCAAGGUUACGGUAUGCCAGAGUUCAUCCCACAGUAAGGAAGUUUUCAAAGACUGGCUGGAGACGUAGUUUCAUCGGGUAGCUGUGACCCUCUCUAUUUCUGUUCACCAAGUAAAAACUAAGCAUGCAUUGCGGGAGGGCUCAGAUCUUUGUCCUGUGUCCAUGCCCCUGUCUAAACAGCACCUAACCCGCAAGGGCCCAGAAGCCCAGGGUGUAGGUGUGCUCGCCUCUGACCCUUCAACCCAUCCACCGCAGCAGUAAGCCAGAGUAGACAUCCCCGGGGCUUUCUCUCUCCACCUUUGAUUUGCUUCCUCUUGCCUCUAUAUGUAUUCCUUGCAAAAGAUAUUCCAGGCCAGCCGGGCGUUGGUGGCGCACGCCUUUAAUCCCAGCACUCGGGAGGCAGAGGCAGGCGGAUCUCUGUGAGUUCGAGACCAACCUGGUCAACAGAGCGAGCUUUCCAGGACAGCCUCUAAAACAAUACAGAGAAACCCUGUCUCGAAAAACCUAUAUAUAUAUUCCAGGCCCCAAAUUCUUGGAGGUAUAAGUAAGUGUGUGAAUGAAGCCAUAGCGGUGGCCCACAGCAAGGGAUGUCCUAAGAGUAUAAAACAGGGAAUGUCUCUCCUCCUCAGUAAUGUCACAAACAGUUUUUAGGAGAAAUGCUAACAAACUGUAGCUUAAUCUAAUGCCAUGUUUUACUUUAGGAUGAAGGUGUUGCUUGCAAGAGGAAUCAUUUUGUAUUAUUUUUUGCUAAUACCGAUUUGGGGCUAUAAAGUAACACUGUGGAUCCUGUGAAUUAAUUUAUAAGUGUUAAACAGUGUGGAAAUAUAUGAACCCUUUAAGUCAAGCAGCUGAACACUGCUAUUAAGAUGUCUCUGUGUAGCAGGUAUUUAACAAUCACAGUGUUUCAUUUCUAUUGUGAUUGGUUUUAAUUUGACACCUUUUUUUUUUUCAAAACUACUUUAAAUGCCUUCUUUGAAAUGUACAGUGACUUCACACCUGCAAAACUGAAAUGUUACUUUUGUUCCAAUAAAUUGAAACUGCUUGUACACUUUCAACAAAGCUUGUGAAUUAUAAAGAUUUUACAUACA